UGCCGGUGUCCUAGCUCUAUUUACGGCUAGCAGCGAUCAGGAGCGGCCCGGGUAUAUUCAUCGCAGCCGCGUUUUGUGCGGACAGCCCGCGCUGCGCCAGACCUGCACCCUCAGCAGAGCACAGAGCCAUGAGCCACUUCGCCCCGCGGCACGACGCUGCAUCGCUGGGCACCGUCGGCGUCAAGAUCGACGUCGUAAAUGGGUUAUCAGUAAAAGAGGCCCACGCCAAGAUCGUCGACGAGCACGGCCGGACCCUGGCCAAGAACGACAACGUCAAGAGCGUCGGAGACACGCUUUCAUUAGAUGCGCAGCCCCUCCAGUUCGAGGCGCUCGCAUCGCUCCAGGGCCCGCUCAAACUCGAGAUCCGCGAGCCUGGUAGACUGUACGGCUCGACGGUCGCGUCGUGCACCCUACCACUAGACGCCGUGUUGUUACCCUUCGAGGCCGACGUGGAGCUGCCGCUCCAGCCGAAGGGCAGCCUCAAGGCGACGAUCUACUUUGCGGAUCGACGGCCGCUCUAUGGCUUGGACCUGCGCGCGGCGGCGGCGCGCGGUCGCAAUGACGUCCCGGCCGUCGUCGCCGCGUGCUGCGCCUGCCUCGACGCGCUGCCUCCAGCGAAGCAGCGCGGGCUCUACCGCGUACCGGGCGACAACGCGGAAGUAUCAAGGGUGAGGGACGCCCUCGACGCGUCCAGAUCUUUUGAGGAUGCCUUGCGAGUCGUUCAAAGCGCGGAGCCAAGUGUAGUUGCGUCGGCGCUCAAGCUCUACCUUAAAGAAUUAACGCCCGCGGUACUACGGUGCUCGUCGCGGGCUUAUGCCGCGUUCACGGCCUCGCAAUCCCCAUCAAAGCUGCGCGACGCCGUCAGACUAUUACCGCCCCACGCGCACUCAACAACAAAGCACCUCUUCGGACAUCUACGCCGCGUCGCCGACCAGAGCGAGGAGAACAAGAUGACGCCGGGCAAUCUGGGCGUCUGCUUCGGACCGACGCUGUGCCACGGCGACGACGAUUUGAGUAGCAUGGACGCGCACAACGCUAUUGUACAAGGUUUGGUGGAGCACUUCGACAGCGUCUUCGCUCCCGAAGUUGACGCCUUCGACGCGCACUUCGACGCCCUUGCAACGGGAGACACGCUCGACAAGGAUGGGUUUGAAGCAUUAGCCUACGCGCUCGGGUGCUUCCCCGCCGUCGACGCGGACGCGUUCGCCGACCUCCCGCGGCGUUGUGAGGAUGGCCGGGUUUCUAGGGAUGAGUGUCGCGCGUGGUGGGCGCGGCGCGGGCGCGCGACGCCGCCUCCCCUGAAUGCGGCGUCGUACACGAUGGUCGCCUUCUUCUUGAAUUAUGAUGAGAGGCGGGCGGGCGUCCUCGACGACGAGGGUUUUGCGGGGUUGUACCAGGGGCUGCUGGACGCUGGGUAUCAGUUAGCGGGGCCCGAGGCGCUGCUGGCGGAGAUGGGCGGGACUUCGUUCCGGGACUUCGUGGGGUGGUUCGAGGGGCUCUGCGCCGCGGCUGACGUCGACGAGCUGUGCGCGGCGGCGGACGUCGUCGACAUUUGAUGUGACUUAUUUUGUG